UUUGGCUAGAUGUAAUUGAAAUAGAAGCUAUAAUGGGCUCGUUUUCAGGACAAUUUGUUCCAGGUUUGGCCCUCACCCUCCUGGGUCUAUGGCACACCCUCAAUACCAUCAAAGCUUACAGUCUCAGAGGCCCAACUGGUUUUAGCUCAAGGUUUUGGUACCCAUUCAACAGCUCAAUUUUCAGCAUCAAACACCUGGAACUAAUCUUCAUCUUCUCCUUCUCUCUAUUUGCCAUUGCGCUUCAAGUCCUGGACUAUCCUCUUCUGCAUCUCUCUUUCAAGCUCAGCAACUUUGAGCAUGCAACCGUGUCCCUGCACCUCGCCAUCUACUCAGGCGUUGCACUGGCCGUCGAGUUCACACAUUCACUUGAGAACUUAACAGGGCUGGUUGGAGUACUUGUGGCCUCUGUAUUUGGGCAGGAGCUGUUCCUACUCCAUCUCCACUCAGCUGAACACGUUGGGCUUGAAGGCCACUACCACUGGCUUUUGCAGCUUAUUGUGUCUGUGUCUCUUGUUGCAGCCAUGGCCGCAACUAGCAACCCAAGAAGCUUCGUCGCCGCGCUCGUUCUUUCGCUCUCGGUGGUUCUUCAGGGAUGUUGGUUUAUGAACAUGGGAGUAGUGCUAUGGGUUCCCCGGUUUGUUGCAGAAGGCUGCAGUGUCAUGAGGUUGGCUCGAUUGGGUGGAGAUGAUGAACUGCAUGCAGUGAUCACAUGUGGAACUGAGGAUGCAGUUUUAAGGGCGAAAGCAUUGGCCAACCUGCAACUCAGUUGGAUAGUUGCUGCAAUAUUGAUAUUGGCAGCAUGUCUUUGCCUGAAACUGGCUGGAAAAGGUAUACAAAGGAAUGGAUCAACCGACAGUGAGCAGCUUCUUAGUGGAGGUGUGCUUGUGGGUAGGAUAUCUAUAGUCAUUGACACAUCCAAGCAAGUCCAUACAUCCCUAGUCAAUUUAGUAAGUUGAGCUCCGUUUUGUUCAAUCCACAUCCAAAUGCUCAUUAGAAAGCUUUUGAAGUUUUGAUCAGUGUGUUGUUAUCUCCUUUACUUUCCUUCUCUAAAUAAGGGUCUUCCUUUUAGUA